ACUAAGUUGAAGAAAAAGGGUUGACGUAGCUUUUUCUUUGAAGGAACUCUUCUGGUGCAAUGGGAUCACCGGUGGUGGCAUCGGCGGCGACGUCGCCCAAAGCCACCAUUUACGGUAGCCCACAACCACAAUCACCACCGAUCUUCCCAUUGCCGAAGCCUCCAGGCCAUGAUACGCCGCCCAAAGCCACCAAGCACGGUAGCCCACAACCCUCACAAUCACCAAUCCUGCCAUUGCCGAAACCUCCAGGCCAUGAUUAUCAUUCUCCUAUAAAUCCAAAGAAAACCCGUCAUGUCUCCUUCUCAUCCCCCGAAUAUUCUUUACCCAGACAUCACAAAGAACACAAGAACCGAAGCUGUUUCCCUCUCAGCUUCCCUUACUCAUCUUGUUGUUGUUGUUUCCAAUAUACCUGUCUCACCUUCCUUGGUAUUCUCUUCCUCAUCCUCUUAUUUAUAGUCUUAUUCAUCACCUUCUUCCACUCUAAACAUCCAGAAAUCAAGAUCGAAAGGCUAACCAUACCCAGAUUGAAACUUUCUUCCAUUGCCCAACAAUCAUAUCUAUUUGCAGAGGUGGAUUUAUACAUUAAUUCCUUCAACAAUAACGAGAAAAUAGGGAUCAUUUAUGGUGAUACCGAAGUUUCCAUUUCAUCAGAUAAUAUUGAAUUGGGUCAGGGUACCAUUCCUGAAUUCUUUCAAAAUUAUAAUAAUAUGACGGUUUUGAAGGUUAAUACUGAGGUUUCAAAUUCUUUGGUUGAUAAUCAAGAUGGUGCAAGAUUAAAGGCAGAUUUUGACCAAAAAAGUUUGGUUUUGGACGUGGUGUUAAACAGCAAUAUAGGAUUAACUUAUGGAAGUUUUAAGUUUAAAGGCUUGCCAGUUCUUAUCAAAUGCAGCAGCAUCAAGUUAUCUAGUAUUGCACAAGGAAUUGAGCCUAAAUGUGACCUCAAUAUAUUCAUAUUAGGGAAUAUCUUUUGAUAAAUCAGGCCAAAAUCUUCACUGCAAUGACCAUCCCAACUUUGGAUGUGCCAUUUUUUUGAUUUGCUUCAUUGUAAUAAAAAGAUGAGAAGUUAAUUUUAGUUGCAUACUUCUAUACUAGUACUCGAUUUUGUAGCAGUAGCCCCAAUAUUGUGAUCUCACUUGAUUUUGUAGCAAUAAACCUAAAUUUUGUGAGAUCUCUCUCUCUUAUUGUAGUAAUUUAGCAUUGCCAUUGGAUU